AUGAGCAAAAAGGAAGAUCUUACUCAGCAGAACACAUCUGAAAGUGACAAUGAUGAAGUUGAUGGCAACAAUAUAUGUGGUUUCAGAAAGAAAAAGGGAGUCAAAAGUCCUACAAAGUACAUUCCUCCUUUAGAAAAAGAGAAGAUGGAGCUGUCCUGCACUUCAAAAAUCCCAGAUGCUUGUCCCCUUCAAGGAACGACUGGUUACUCAGAACCACCAUCAGACCCAUCUCUGCAAAACCUGGCUAGCUUUCCUCAAGUACAAAAGGACAGAGGGGGUUCUGAUAGUUCCCAUGCUGGCAGCAACAUGAAAGAAGACAUGUCAGGAGAAACACAAAAAAUCCAGGAAAAUGUUGACACUGGGAAAAGAAUAAUAGGAAAAAUGUUUGAGGAAAUAGAUACACCAGCUAAAACAGAGCAGCCCAUGGGUGUGCAGCCUGCAAGGAGCACGGGGAAAGCUGGGUCUGCAGAGACAGCACGCAGGGGAGAGGGCAGGGAGAAGGCAGAGACUCAGCAAGGAGAACGGGGUGGGAUGGAAGAAAAACACGCCAAGUUUCACGUGACAAAAGUAGGCUCCCUGUGCAGCACUGCAACCACCCAAGGAAGUGGUACUGCAGAGUCCUUCACAGGGGCACCUGGCAUUUCUAAACGAAGUUUGCAAGAGUUGAAAAACCUGCCAGGUGAAGGUCCUCUGGCUGAUUAUGGGCCCAACUACAGUGGCAAGCCAGGUGGCACUUUUUCUCAGAAAAAUUCGAAGCCCCGGGAAAAAGCAGCUGGCAAACAGGGCCGACCUUUUGAGACUUUCAGUCCCCAUUUUGGAGAGGAGAAUCGAAAGUACUACAGCUUCCACAGGGAGGGAGUGGGGCAGCAGGGUAAAUCUCUCCUGGUCCUCAGCUCUGCCGGGUCUGAUCAACAACAGCCAGUGGGAAGCAACGUGGAUCAGCUCAUUCUGAGACUACCAGCAGCUUCUACACACGCAGAAAGCACAGCUCCCGAGAUUCAGUUUGACUCCUCCACAGACCACGCUG